GUAUAUUGUCCAAAAUUUACUCCACAACCAUCAAGUUAAUACAUUCUUGUGGGCGUAGUUGAAAAGGAACAAAACAUAAUCAUUAUCUGUUGGUACAGGUGGUACUGGUUUUAUUAACUGUUGUUGAAGGUGGAAUAGGUAAUAGGUUGAGUUGAUGGUAGUAUUGAUUAUGUUUGUAUUAAAGGCGCAGAUAAUAUAUUGGUGGCGUUAAAUAUGAAGUAUGUGUCUGUGAAGUAGCAGUAGGCUGCAGUAACGGUAGUGUAGAUGGUGUUUGUGCAGGAGCUGAUGGAUCGUUUAAAUUUGUAAUUGGAACGUUUUUGACGUUAGCUGGCCCUUUUCAUCUCUGAGUUACCUUCGUUUUCUUUUUGCCCGCGUUUUUCUCUUUAGUUUUAGCAUUUUAGUUUUAGCAAUUUUCGCAUAUGUAUCGCCAAAUCCUGUGAUGAACGUACGCCUUGCUUGGAAUAAACCAACACAUCAUCUUCCAUAUGUUAGGUUGAAAAAUAAGAAACUAAUUAGAAAGAAUUAGGAUUUUUAUUAAAAUAAAACAUCGCCGAAAAAAAAUUAAUAAAUAAAAAAAUCAGGGUCUCGGGUCUCGGUAUCAAGGUAUUGGGUAUUGGGUCUCGGGUAUCACAUAGGGUAUCGGGUCCCACUUUUCUCAUAUGCCUGAUCGGCAAUAGUAGUUCACAUGAAGUCGGUGAGUAAGGGAGUUGCCCUCACUCACCGACUACCAACUCUCCAACUACCUCACUCACCAACUACUAACUCUCCAACUACCUCACUCACCGACUACCAACUCCCUCACUCUCCAACUACUAACUCUCCAACUCCCUCACUCUCCAACUCCCUCACUCUCCAACUACUAACUCUCCAACUCCCUCACUCUCCAACUCCCUCACUCUCCAACUACUAACUCACCAACUCCCUCACUCUCCAACUACUAACUCUCUAACUCCCCCACUCUCCAACUCCCUCACUCUCCAACUACUAAUUUUCCAACUACCUAACUUCCUAAUUAUAAAAUCAUUAUUUUUGUGUGUAUCGUGGAACCGAGAAGUUUGUUCGAAAUAGCGGGUGUUCGGAUAAACGACAUUCGAAUUAGCAUAAUAAUAACAAAACUCUAUUUUGCAGAUUUAUUUAUAACAGAUACUCAGCCAACAUAACAAUUAAAACAUGGAGCCUCUGGUGAACAUAAAAAACGAACCUCUCGAUAGUGAAAGUUUGGAAGCGUUUGUUCAACCGAAAUGCGAGGAGAAAGCCACACAAACGGAAUUGGAAUUGAACCGUCUUAUUGAACAAUUUUUGAAGUCGAAGACUGCGGCGUUGCUCUGUAAUGAAGAGUUACGAAAUCGAAUUAAAAUUUUAGAAGAUCAAAACUCGAGUAUGAAAAAACACAUGAUGAAAGUUAUGCACGAAUUACAUAAUUCAUCAAUGACUGACAAAAAUGUGGGUGGAAUAGAUGACACAACUAAAAUCAUGCCUAAUAAAGAAAACAAAGAAGACCAAAAAACUAAUACGUUUACCACCCGUUGGGUUCCAAACGAUAAUGAGCAUGAAUGUACAAACAGAACAAUGAAAAGACAAUUUAUUAACCCAACUAUGCGAGAUUUGUAUGAAAACCCGACAUCAAAUUCAAAAACGAUUGAUAAUUUUUUAGUAAAUAAGCCUCAAGCUAUCCCAUACCAACAAUGGGACCAAAACAUGGCAUUCUGUUCUAACAUAUCCAACGAAAAAUCAACUAAACACAGGCUAGCUACGUUUAUACCUAGUUUACAAUGUCCACCCAGCCUACGUAUCCCGCCUAACUUUAUGCAGACACGUUUCCAAGAAGAUUUGCACCAAACCUAUCAAAGCAAUGCCCUUCCGUUUGACUAUAACACAGUCUCGUUCGAGCAUCAUAUCAUCCCCCUCAAGCGUCAUGCCUUCCCCUUAGAACAACAUACCAUUCCCUUCGACCAACGUGCUAUUCCCUUCAAACAACAUACAUCGCAUUCACCUCAAUUUGAAAGCACAUUAAAUACGCCAGUGCAAAGAACGCAACACAGAGAGCAUCAUCUUCCACCAAAUGGAUUUCAACAAAGAUGUCAUCCAUACUUAUAGUUCAGCAGGACAGCCAACACAUCUUUUUAUUAUUAUUUUUUGUAAUGUUAUAAACUUUUUAUCGAUUUUUUAAGUACUUAUUUGUUAUGUAUAGGAAAACUAAAAAUGAAUGUUUAUUUCAAUUAUUUUGUGUAUGUUUAAUGAAGGAUUAAAGGAGGGGGUUGGUAAUAGCAAAUUUGUAAAAGCUGGAAUAUUUGCUCAAAUUUCGUUAUUUUUUAACCGUUGUGAAUUAUUUGACAUUGUCGAAACAACCAUAUUAAGACAGGGAGGUUGGUGUACUGCAGUUCCUCACCAAUACCUGUUGAAUAUGAUAAUUGGAAGUUUUAAAGAUAUUGCGUUAAAUUAAGGGAAGAAGAUUUGGUGAUUUGAUAUAAAACAGCUAAAUUAAAUUCUUGCCAAAACUAAUUAUUUUUCGUUUUCCGUCAAUUAUUUUAAAUUAAAUUUAACAUUAAAAUUACUUUUUUUUUCUUCGCCAAAUUUUCAUCUGCUAAAUUAAAUUCGGCCAAUUCUGCAAAAUUUCCCUCCAAUCAUAUUUUCUUCCCGCCAAAAUUUCUCUCCUAAUGACUUUAAAUUUUACAGCAGUGUGAAAACAAAUAUCGCUGACGAAAGCUAAAUCACUAAACAAACAUAAAACUUGUUUGAACAGCUUAUAAACACCAAGUCGUCAAGAAUAACAAAAAUGUUUAUUUGGUAACAUUCUUUACUAAAUUUAGGUACGCGAAUGUUAAGGUAACUAUGAGAGAAAAAAAUAUUUGUUUAAGACUUGUUACGCUACAACAACAACGACAUUUUUUCUCUUAUCAUGAAAAAGCAAGAUGUUUACUUUCGCAAUUUUUGUACUUUUUCUUGCGCUUUCGUAUUCCAACUGUCACUCUUUUAAGAGAGGAUGCGUUUACAACGGGAAGUUUUAUAAGCCUGGUGACAGCAUCAAAAAAGUAUAUCGUGCAAGAACCAGUUGGUGCUGGUGGAGGUACUGUAAUGAUUAUGGCCAUGUUGUAUUUCGUAAUAAAUUGAACUGUAAAGGCAAACGAGAAGCUAUCACUCCUUCAACAACAACAACAGAAACAACAACAACAACAAUUCCGACAACACCAAUAGGAUGCUUCCAUAAAGGCAAGUAUUAUAAACCUGGCGAAGAAAUCAGUAGAGGAUAUGAUCCUUCUUCUAACUGGUGUUAUGGUUCAUUUUGUGACAGAUACAGCCUAACAGUACUUCAAUGGGAUAAUUUUAAUUGCGUAAAAUCUACAACAACAUCAACAACUGUCCCUACAAUGUCAUUUACGACCUCAUCAACAACGACACCUCCCAAGGGAUGCUACUAUAAUGGCAGGUAUUAUAAACCUGGCGAAGAAAUCAGUAGAGGAUAUGAUCCUUCUUCCAACUGGUGUUAUGGUUCAUUUUGUGACAGAUACAGCCUAACAGUACUUCAAUGGGAUAAUUUUAAUUGCGUAAAAUCUACAACAACAUCAACAACGGGUCCUACAACGCGCGCAUGAUGCUGUAAUGAUCAAAAUUUGACCCAAAUAUACAUGACAUAAAAAACACUUGUUUUUUCUUCGACUUAUUUUUGGUCAACGGUUUACCUUAAGUCUUAAAUGGGAGCAAGUUCUAACAUCAGAUUUUAAAUGAUGUAAUAUAGUUUACAUUUUGUUCUGGACAAUAAUUGUGCAAAAGAAAUUAUUUAAAAUGGGAAAUUGAACCAUGACUUUUGAAGAACCAUGAGUAGGCGACUACGGAAAUUUGUAGUGAACUUUGUAAAUAACCCCGUGAGAUUUUAUUGAAAAUUUUAUGUAAAACUACGGAUAUAAUUAUGAAGAUGUAAUCAAAGUUUAAUAAGACAAAUAGAAAUAAAUACUUAACAUAAACUGA